AUGGAGCGGAAGAGCAAGGAGGCGCGCAACAAGAACAAGUGGCGCACGACGACAGGUAAGCCGGCAUCCACGGCAUCCACGGCAGGAAACGGAACACCGUCGAAUCCUGCCUCGGGCAAUGAGAAUCUUACAACUCGCGGCAAAAGUCUCCUGCCGGUUCGUGAUGACGGUCGCUCGACGACGAGGUCCUUGCGGCUGCCGCAACAACCGGAAUCCAGGAUAGCCCAACGCGCAACUAGGCCCCCCGAGAAGGCACAACAGCACCGACAAGACCAGCCUCCCACGCCGGAGUCUACUGGCAUAACUCGCCGUCAAAGCCUGAUCAGACCGAGCCCGCUGAAGCCGUCAGCGCCCCUGAAACCGACCGUCACUUCCACGACCCCAAAGAGGGCCGCCUUCGCACCCAGCCCGUCGUCUCCGGUCAAACAAGAGACAGCGUCUAGACAAAAUGGACGACCGCUAUCGCCGAAGAAAACAGACAUGCCUCCUCCGCCUGCGCGACUUGCCCGGUCCGCCUCGCUUAGACAGCCUACCGCUUCGAGCUCGAGUACGCCGACCGUGACUAGGGGGCACGCCCGUCAUCGCAGCCAGGGUGUGACGCUGGCUCCGGGGCCAGUUUUGAGAAAGAUCGAGUCUCCUUCGCCAUCGACUACCAUGGGCACACGUUCAAGGACUCAGUUCACAACCUAUCAGCAAAACUUCUCGCCCAAGAAGACAUCCAAGCCUGCCACGACAACACCAUCUGUAGAGGCCCCUGCAGUGAACGCGGAUCCUGGCUUAGCUCCUUCAGCCUGGCCGGAGAUAGCCGCAUUACAGACCGAACUCUUACAGCUGAUCCUCGUCCACUCAGCUUCGCUGCGACAGUACAUCGAAUGGGAGGCUGGUGCUGAAACACAACUACGAAGCGAAUACGACUCAGUGGCAGGUGACUAUCGGGCAGCUUCCAACGACGAGAAAGAACACCAGCGUCGACUGAAUGGCCAGGCGUUGCAUUGCUGGCUCCAAAACUCACGUGGGCACAAUGGACACCAAGGCUUUGCGGAGCAGAUCCAGGUGCUUUCACAGAUUACCGACGAUGUCUACAACCUAUCUGAUAACCUGGGAGGGCGGUAUACAAUAGUCGUCCAGCAAUUCGAAAGUUGGUUUCAAAGAGUCGAAGAUAUCCGCAAUCACCGGCUCCAUCAUGGCCAGGGAUCGGAUCAGAUGGUUUUUAUUGAUCCUUUGGACCACACCUGGAGGGAUGAAAUGUCCACCCUGACCAUGAAGCUCGAGCUGUGUUUGAGACAGCUGCAAAGCCUGGACAUCCUUGGCUAUGGGGAGGCGGGCCCGGUCGACGGGUCGGCGCUCUUCCGCACGGCCAAGAGCCUGGAGGAGAUGGUCCACCUGAUGGUUGAGGAAGUGAACACGAUCCGUAAGAUUGAAAGCGACGUCGUAAAGGCUGAGAGGGUGUGGGUUAGUCAGCUGGCCCGGCAGUUGACGACAGUCUUGCCACAUGACCAGAAGCUCCCGCGCGUUGGGGUGUGGAGACAGCCAUCAUUCCAGUCCUGA